ACCAACCUCUGAAACUGAGCAGAGGAGAAAUAUCUGCAGAUGUGUAUGUGGGUGGAUAUGUAUGGAGUUGUGCAUGUAGAGGAGGCGUCAGAUGGGAAGGAGGAUGGGCAAAUAAACAGAAGGUUGCAUGGACUGAUGAUGGAUAGAUUGGGAACUAAAUGGACGGAUGGAUAGGUGGCUGAAUGAAUAAAUGGAGAUGUAAGUGGACAAAUGGGUGGGUGAAUUAGUAAGUGGAUGGACAGGUAGCGAGAAAUGGACGCAUUGAUGGGGAAAGUGGAUGGAUGAGCUCAUGAACAGGAAGUUAAAGAGUGGCUGCAUAAAAGAUGGGUGGAUGGACAGAUGAGUGGAGAACGGAUACAUACAGAUGGUGAAUGGGUAGGUGGACGAGGUGAGCAUACAAAUGGACGAGUUGGGUGGAGUAAUGACUAAAUGGACAGAUGGGUGGGUGGAAGGAUGAGUAGAGUGAUUAUGUGGAUGGGAGCAUGGGUGGGUGGGUGGAGGGAUGAAGACAUGGACAUGGCAGGAUUGUGGUAAGUGAGCAAAUGGAAGAUUACAUGGGCGUGUGAACUGAUGGAAAGGCCCGAGCACCACCCACCUUUCAGUACUUGAGAUUAGGCAUCCUCUGUGUCAUCCCUGUCACAGCACUUCGUGUAAUACCCUAGGAUGACACUGUCAAGAUAGGACAGUUGAGGGAACAAUACAAGUCACUUGUUUCAGGGCACAGCGAAUCAGUGGAACAGCAGGAGUAGGAACCCACCCAUGCCUGCCAGAGGCGCUCCCUGAUCCAUGCUCUGUGCUCCUGCCACCCAGGAACAGAGCCCUCUAGGGGCAGAGGUGUGACUUGAGGCCAGCCACUGGAUGUGAACCGCUCCGAGUGGGGCUGCCUGGGAUAGAACCUGGUGGGGGCGUGGGACCUGGAUUGUCCCCAUCUGCACUUCCCUUACUGCUCAUUUCACAUCCAGAGAGAGGAAGAUGCAAGCUCCAGUGCCAGAGCAUAAAUCUUAGGGGGGGGGAUACGGCCAGGGGGUUGGCUUUGGAGGCAGGGCCAUAUAGAGGAUCCCUCAUACCAAUUAUCCCCACCCCCAGCCCUGUUUCUUCUGCCCUUCCAUAGCCUGGGGGGCAGGGAGGGGACACAGCGCUGCAUCAUCCCCCGUGGCACUCCGCUCUGGGGCCAUUAACAGACGCCUCCCCAUCGAUCGGAUCUGCUAAGUGCUGCUGAUUCAGGCCAGUGGGGGGUGGGGGCCCCCUGGGGGCAGAGGGGGGUAGGAGCUGGGCAGGAAGAGGGGGGGAGUCCAGGAAGGAGGUGGGGAGAACUGGCAAAACUCCCUGCCACCCCCAUUUUCCAGAUGACGCGACUGAGGCCCAACCAGCUUUGUAGGAGGCGGAGUCUCCCCAGGGUCCCUCUCAGGCUGUCCUAGGGGAGGGGGCUCUGGGAGCCACAAGGCCCCUCCCUGCCUCUCCAUCUCCCGGCAAGCUCGGAGGGGCGGGGAGAGAGAGUCAGAGGAGAACUCCCGGCAGCUCUGCAGAGGGGUCAGGAGCUCCGGUGCUUGGUACCCCCAGCCCCACCGCUCUUGCUGCUGCUGCAGCGGGGACACAGGUGAGGACAGCCCCAUGGGGAGGGGGAGGGGACCACCAGUGUCACAGUCCUUGCCCUUCCCUGGUCCAGCGCCCAUGCUGUAGCCCAUUCUGGGACAGUCCCCCGGGGUCCCACCAGAUCUUGUCUUUCCAGAGACCCAGCCCCCUUCCCCUGCCUGUGCCGCCUUCUCUCCUAGGCCUGGUUGUGGCUGCUUCUCUUCCUCUUCCUCCUCCUCCUCCUCCUGCUGCCGCUGCUGUCGCUACUGCCGCUGCCCAGCACGCACCGCCAGCCCCUCGGGGUGUGGUUUCCCCAGACCUGCCCCCAACGGUGGGACCCAGCCUUCUCCCGGACUCCCCCGCCAGCCUCCUUCAAGGUCCGGCAGUCCCCCUCCCUGAAUCAGACACACCCAACUCCCCUAAACACCCCACCCCCCUCUCCAGCCCCUUCCUCUUAUCUUAGUUUUUAGGGAUCCCCGGGUUUCUCUGGGGCUGUGCCCAACUUCUGUCCAAUUGAGUCCUGGUCCCUUGGGCUUCCCCAGGCCCCCUUUUCCUGCCUGCAGGACUCCUGAGGGUGUGGGAGGGGCUCUGUCAGCCUCUCCAGAUAGUCCCCAGGUAGCUCUCAGCCUCUCAAAAUGUAACCCAGCCCCUUUUGCCGCCCUGGCCAGUCCCACUAGGGGGCUCACCUCACUUGCCUUCCCCAGCACUCCUGCAAGGUGGAGACGACCGCCACCUCCACACACAUACCCCGGGCGAGUCUCAGCAGCUCAGGUACUCCGGAGACAGCUUUCAGCCUCCCUGCAAGCUCCUGGUUCUGUAGCCACCCCUCGAGAUGCACUAGCCCCCUUUCCACAUCUCUAAGGGGGUUCCAACCCCUUUAUCAUUCCUCCAGAAAUCUUGAUGGUUUGGACAGCCCUCCUAGAAGCCCCCUGCCCCUUCCAGACUCUGCCUCUUUCAAGCACCUGUGGUCCCACUUCUACUCCUCUGAAUGCCCCAGUCUCCUCGCCAGCCCUGCCAGGGGGUUCCAGGCCCUUUUUCCAUUCCUAAGAACUCCGGAGAGUGUGACAGCCGCUCACGUGUUUGUUGGCCCCUCUAGACACCCCCAGUCAUCUCUCAGGCAUAUGCUGGCCCCUCUACAAACAUCUCGGUCUCUAAAUCCUCCCUCAGACACCCCGUGGCCCCUCCAGACACUGUAGCUCUUGCUCGGUCCCUUGUGACAUUGCCUGGCCCCCUCCUAGACCCUCUAAAUGCCCCCCAUGCUCCUGCCCAUCUCUCUAGUUCCUCCUCCUAGUUCCUCUUGGCCUCUCUAGACACCCCCCCCCCCCCGCAGUGUCCUUGUCUGGGUGGCCCAGGGCCUCUCCAAGCCCCCCACCAUCCUGGAGACAGCUACAUUCUCCUAAAGGCCACUCCCCCCAAGUCUCUGUGGGCCAGGGGAGCGGCAGGAUGGCGGCAGGUGUGGCCACGUGGCUACCUUUUGCCCGGGCGGCUGCGGUGGGCUGGCUUCCCCUGGCCCAGCAACCGCUGCCCCCGGCGCCGGGGGUGAAAGCAUCUCGAGGAGAUGAGGUUCUGGUGGUGAACGUGAGUGGCAGGCGCUUUGAGACCUGGAAGAACACGCUGGACCGCUACCCAGACACUUUGUUGGGCAGCUCGGAGAAGGAGUUCUUCUACGAUGCUGACUCCGGCGAGUACUUCUUUGACCGUGACCCGGACAUGUUCCGGCACGUGCUAAACUUCUACCGCACGGGCCGGCUGCACUGCCCGCGCCAGGAGUGCAUCCAAGCCUUCGACGAAGAGCUGGCCUUCUAUGGCCUGGUCCCCGAGCUUGUGGGUGACUGCUGCCUUGAAGAGUAUCGGGACCGCAAGAAGGAGAACGCCGAGCGCCUGGCUGAGGACGAGGAGGCUGAGCAGACCGGGGACGGUCCAGCAUUGCCGGCUGGCAGCUCCAUCCGGCAGCGGCUGUGGCGGGCCUUUGAGAACCCGCACACGAGCACCGCAGCCCUCGUUUUCUACUACGUGACCGGCUUUUUCAUCGCCGUGUCGGUCAUCGCCAAUGUGGUGGAGACCAUCCCGUGCCGGGGCCCUGCACGGCGGCCCCCGAGGGAGCAGCCCUGUGGCGACCGCUUCCCACUGGCCUUUUUCUGCAUGGACACAGCCUGUGUGCUCAUCUUCACAGGUGAAUAUCUCUUGCGGCUGUUUGCCGCACCCAGCCGCUGCCGCUUCUUGCGGAGUGUCAUGAGCCUCAUCGAUGUGGUGGCCAUCCUGCCCUACUACAUUGGGCUUUUGGUGCCCAAGAACGAGGAUGUCUCUGGCGCCUUCGUCACCCUGCGUGUGUUCCGGGUGUUCCGUAUCUUCAAGUUCUCCAGGCAUUCCCAGGGCUUGCGGAUUCUGGGCUACACACUCAAGAGCUGUGCCUCUGAGCUGGGCUUCCUCCUCUUUUCCCUCACCAUGGCCAUCAUCAUCUUCGCCACUGUGAUGUUCUAUGCUGAGAAGGGCACAAGCAAGACCAACUUUACGAGCAUCCCGGCGGCCUUCUGGUAUACCAUUGUCACCAUGACCACACUCGGCUAUGGAGACAUGGUGCCCAGCACCAUCGCUGGCAAGAUUUUUGGGUCCAUCUGCUCACUCAGUGGCGUCUUGGUCAUUGCCCUGCCUGUGCCAGUUAUUGUAUCCAACUUUAGCCGCAUCUACCACCAGAACCAGCGUGCUGACAAGCGCCGAGCGCAGCAGAAGGUGCGCCUGGCAAGGAUCCGGCUGGCAAAGAGUGGUACCACCAACGCCUUCCUGCAGUACAAGCAGAAUGGGGGCCUUGAGGACAACGGCAGUGGAGAGGAGCAGGCGCUGUGUGUCAGAAAUCGGUCUGCUUUUGAACAGCAACAUCACCACUUGCUGCACUGCCUAGAGAAGACGACGUGCCAUGAGUUCACAGACGAGCUAACCUUCAGUGAGGCCCUCGGAGCUGUCUCACUGGGGGGCCGCACCAGCCGCAGCACCUCUGUGUCCUCGCAGCCAGUGGGGCCCAGCAGCCUGCUCUCCUCCUGCUGCCCCCGGCGUGCUAAGCGCCGGGCCAUCCGCCUUGCCAACUCCACUGCCUCAGUCAGCCGGGGCAGCAUGCAGGAGCUCGAUACGCUGGCAGGGCUGCGGAGAAGCCCUGGCCCUCAGAGCCGCUCAAGCCUCAAUGCCAAGCCCCACGACAGCCUAGACCUGAACUGCGACAGCCGGGACUUCGUGGCUGCCAUUAUCAGUAUCCCUACCCCUCCUGCCAACACCCCAGAUGAGAGCCAACCUUCUUCCCCUGGCGGUGGUGGCAGGGCCAGCAGCACUCUCAGGAACUCCAGACUGGGUACCCCUUGCCUCCUGCCUGAGACUGUCAAGAUCUCUUCCCUGUAAUGGGUGGGCCUGCCCACUCAGAAGGCCCCCUUCAUUACUGGGGACUCCUUUCCAAAGCCAUAUUUUGGGGAGGCAGACAGGGGCCGGCCUGGGGACCCCUUCUGCCCCCUGCUGAGAACUAUGCAAUGGACUUCCAUGGAACGACUCACCUUGGGGGCGAGGGGGAAGUAGUUAGGGAAUGGGCAACUUCCCCCACCCCAGACAGUUUUCCCCGUGGGAGCUGAAGCACUGGGCUUCCACAGGCCCUGGCCUCCUUGCCCCAGCACACUGAGGGACUGGCCCUUCUCCCCCAGCUGCCUCCUGCAUGCUCUUCCCUUCAGGUCCUUGGAGGUGGGUUGAGGUGGCCUGAGAGGGACAGCUGAGAUGUCCUCUUCUCUCUGGCUGGGCUGUGGAGCUUUGGGAGUUCAGAGAAGAGAAACCCCUUGCCUCUGAUCUGACCUCCAAAAAGAUCCUUGGCCUCUACCAGGCCCAACAAUUCCUAGAUUCUGAAGCUUGGAAUGCAAUCAAUUACAGGCUUCACGGGCUGUGGCCUCAGCAGUGCCCUGCCACCCCCAGGCCUUGGCUAAGGGGACAGGCUGCCUCUCCAAUACAUAGAUAGCACAAAUACCACCGCUCCCUUCCCUGGCUGCUGGAAACAGGUCCCUGCAACCUUGUCGUCUACUAGGCCCCUGGCAAACUCUAGCAAUAGCAGCUGCUGCCAUGACAUUAUGCAACACCUCUGACCGGUCUGCUGCAGUAGUUACGUCUGCCCUGAUUGGAGGACCACCUCUGAUUACCCCUCCUCCUUUCUCCUCCUUCCUGGGUUGGGCUGGAGUCUGGACUGGCUGAGAUAAGAGCCUGGCAGCAGCAGGUGCUGGACUGUGUUUGGAGAUCAUGGGCAUGUUCUUGGGCAGCAGCACAGACACAUCACGGGCUGAGGCCUGGAUUGUUCCUGAACUCUAGGAGCUUUUGGAGGCAGGAGGAACUUCUGAUUCGCAGCCCCGUCACCCACUCCUUUUCACAAAUUCCCCUCUCGCCUCCCUCCGGGGUCACCUUCCAGAAUUCUUGCUCUCAGGCUGAAAUCUGGCAUCAUCUCAGGUUCCCUGUCCCCAGCGCUGUCCCCACAGAGCUGGCGGCUGACAAAGAUGUAGUUUCCAUCGGUCAAUAAAACCUGAGAGGAGAGAUGGGGACCGAGCAUCUGUUGGCUCUGUGGGCUUGGGGGCUGGGUUGGCCAAGGUGGGGGUUUGAAAACACUCUUGAUUUCAAUUCCUUUCAACCAGUAGAAGGCCUGGUGUGAGCAGAGGUAUGAGGCAGGUGGCUGGUGAUGUAUUCUGGAAGAUGAGGCCCUAGAAGAAAUGAAAGAGGGUGAUUUGAAGAGUCCAAUCUACAACCAGGCAGGCUAGGGAGUCCCAUGCUACUCCUUUUGUACAUCAUUGGUUCCAGCUCCCUCAGUCACAGAUGGGUAAACUGAGACUCAGAGCAACACAUACUUGGUUAGAGGAGACUUCAACUCAGGCUUUCUGACAGCAAACAACUCUGAACUGAACCCUAAUAAAAGCAUCUCUCCGUCUGAUGGA